GGAGCGAAGAAGAAGACGGAACCUAGUAGUUUCUAGAACAAAUGUUUCCCUCCGACGUUAUUUUGAGGGAAGACCCUUCAGAUUUGCGUCUUUAAAAUGGAUAACUCAAUGGCUACCCCUGGUCCAAAUAAGGACAACAUCAGAGCUGGGUGCAAGAAAUGUGGAUAUCCGGGCCACUUGACCUUUGAGUGCCGAAACUUUGUCAGAGUUGACCCCCAGAAAGACAUUGUUCUGGAUGUAAGCAGCACCAGCAGUGAGGAGAGUGAAGACGACGAACCUGCCCCGCAGCGUAAUGAGAAGUUAGGGCGAAGUAGAGGUUCCCAUGGCGAUGACAACAAUGGUAGAAAAGAGAGACACAAACGGAAGAAGAGCAGCGACAGAAAGUCAAGAAAGAGAUCUAAGUUGUCGAGUGAUGAGAAUACAAAGAAGAAAAAGAAACGCAGAACUUCUGACUCCUCAUCUGACGAAGAGGAGAGGAGGAGGAAGAAGAAGAAAAUAAAAAGCCAAAAGAAGAAAAGCAAAAAGAACAAAAGGGAACAUGGGAAGCAUCCCAAGAGACAGAAGAAGAGCAAACAAGAAUCCUCCUCUCCUUCUUCUUCCAGCUCUAGCGAAUCCUCAGACCUCAGUGACUAAGACAGCUGAACUAUCCAGUGUCUGGACGACCAACAUCAUUAUUCUUUAAGUUCAAAGUUUAAAAAAGGCCCCUCAUCUUGUUCCAUACAAGUGUAUAUUACUGAGACCAGGAUUUAAAUGAUGAAUUAGUGCAAACACACUGUAGAGUGCAUUGUAAACUGCAUAUAUCAUGCAGAAGACACAAAUGUGUUUGAGUUCUGUCAUCACACAUUUGACAGUGAAAUAUGUAACACAUGUUCAGUCUCCUGUCAUACAUAUUGCUAAUCAUCAGUUGGAGGUUUUCAAGUCCAAGCAAGAAUUGUAGUUCAGG